AAUAAAGUUCUUUUUUAAGACUCGUUUACUACCCAUCUGAUUUUUUUUGACUGGACAACGUUACAUUCUGCUGCUGUGUGCAUAAAGAGAAAGUACUAAGUCGUUCGUUGUCAUAAUAAUUUUGUGAGACUGUAUUGUUGCUUUCAAUAUUAAAGAGAAUUAAUCAAUAACAGAAAUAUCAUCUACAUAUUUUUAUUAUAUAACCUUAUCAAAGAGAAACAACUCCCAUCAUCCGUGUCGUACCUUUGAAAUAACUUCCCCCCUUACCCCCACCCCUUCCGUAUCUUAUUCCCACCCCCAUACACACAAUAUAAAUAAUGUCUGAACAUCAAGAAGCCGAUAUCGAUUCCAUUGUGGACAGAUUGCUCGAAGUUAGAGGCUCCCGUCCAGGUAAGCAAGUGACUCUUCUUGAACACGAAAUUAGAUACCUUUGUACCAAGGCUAGAGAAAUCUUCAUCCAACAACCAAUUCUUCUUGAAUUAGAAGCUCCUAUCAAAAUUUGUGGAGAUAUCCACGGUCAAUAUUACGAUCUUUUAAGAUUGUUUGAAUAUGGUGGAUUCCCUCCAGAAGCAAACUAUCUUUUCUUGGGUGAUUACGUUGAUAGAGGUAAGCAAUCUCUUGAAACCAUUUGUCUUUUACUUGCUUACAAGAUCAAAUAUCCAGAGAACUUUUUCAUAUUGAGAGGUAAUCACGAAUGUGCUUCUAUCAAUAGAAUCUAUGGGUUUUAUGAUGAAUGUAAAAGAAGAUACAACAUCAAGUUGUGGAAAACUUUCACAGAUUGUUUCAACUGUUUACCUAUUGCCGCUAUAAUCGAUGAAAAGAUCUUCACCAUGCAUGGUGGUUUGUCUCCAGAUUUGAACUCUAUGGAACAAAUUAGAAGAGUCAUGAGACCUACAGACAUUCCAGACGUUGGUUUGUUGUGUGACUUGUUAUGGUCCGAUCCCGAUAAGGACAUCACCGGAUGGUCCGAAAAUGACAGAGGUGUAUCAUUUACAUUUGGUCCUGAUGUUGUAUCAAGAUUUUUACAAAAACAUGAUAUGGAUUUGAUUUGUAGAGCGCAUCAAGUGGUGGAAGAUGGUUAUGAAUUUUUCUCCAAGAGACAAUUGGUUACAUUAUUUUCUGCUCCAAACUAUUGUGGAGAAUUUGAUAACGCUGGUGCCAUGAUGAGUGUUGAUGAAAGUUUGUUGUGUUCCUUCCAGAUAUUAAAGCCAGCUGACAAGAAACAACCGAGAUAUCCUCAAUCCGCUAGUGCUGGAAACAGCAGACCGGUCACCCCACCAAGAAAGCCUAAGAGAGGUACCAAAUAAGCAUAAAUAAAGAAAUAAAACAAACCCAAUGGGGGUGAUUAGAGGAAGCAGAAGCACUUUAAUGUGUCCUUUUUUUUUUCUGCUCCUUCUUUUCACUUUCAUUGAACCCAUACAUUACUACUAACCAUCGUUUAUAAGUACCCCCAUCCCUAUAACUCACACCAACCACCUGUUUAAUUUCUUUUAUUUGUUCCUAUCCUUGUUAUUAUUGUUUUUUUAUUUACCUUUUAUGAUUGCCGCCAUUUUGCAACCAUCCAUUUUCACCCUCGCGAACUCAACCCCUUUCAAUAUAUCACUCUCGGGUGAUUUAUUGUUGAUUGUGUUUUUUUUUUUCAAGUUUCCUUGUCUUUGAAUAUCCAAGUUAUAAGCUUGUGUUAUUUAAUCAUCGAUUUUUCAUUAUGAUGAUGAGAUUUGAAGAAGAACAUAUGAAUAUUGAGAGGUUUGACCAAUAAAUGAGAGUCUUUUGGAUAAUGUUAUGACUUGUUAAUGCUUUUGAACCAGUACAUAUUUACCCAUCCACCAACGCUGUCAUCAACCCACCCACCCACACGCCCGCACGCACCACACACAAACACGCACACAUACCGUCUUUAUAGCUUUUAUAGAGUAGGAAUUAUUUAUCUUUAGAUAGUAUUUUAAAUAGUGA